GUCAAUUGUUAGCCCAAAAUUAUUUUCAAUUUUGAAAUGCAUUUUGUUGUUUAUUUUUUUUAAAGAAUAAUUGAUGGGUGAUGAUGACCUUAGCGCCUCUAUCGCACAUAUUGUGCUGUGCUGCAUGGCCGGUGAUGGACUGGGUCGGACGAACGCGAACAGUUUCGCACAUCCGGGCAUGCACGCCAACUUCUUCAUACAUGGAGUACUGGGGUUCUUACACUAUCAAAGUGGACAAUUCAACACAGACUUCAAGAAAGCCUUCGCGAUUAGUACGAACGCGUCCAGAUACCUGCCCCUGCCUUGUUUAAUGGCAGAUCUGUACCGAGGGGAUCAAGGCAUCAGCACUCUCCAUCUUUUCUCUGGUCUGAUUCCGUUUGCGUUGUCGUUGGCUGGACAAGAACACCGAUAUUUGGGUAACUUGGCUAUCGCUGGUAAUAUCGUGUCUUUAUGCCUGUACUCCCAUCAACACGACAGGGUUUGGGGAUGGUAUACUGCCGGUGCUGGGGUGCUCGCGUAUUUCUGCACGCCGCAUAUGCCUCAGAAAAUUGUGUAUCCUUUAUUGCUUGCGCUGAUUGAGUCUUGCGCACAGAAGUUGUUUCAUGUAGAGUUUUCCACUGCUCCGGGACCACCGAGGCGUUGAAUAAAUUCCGAUUUUUUA